AUCAUAAGGAAUCGUCCAAUCCCAUCCGUAAAAACUAUAGGCGAGUUUGGGCGUUCGUUUUUCAGUUUAUAAAAACACGAAAAUCAUCUCAAAAAUAGAAAUUAAUAUAAACGAUGACUGACGUAGAAUGAAUUACGAGGAGAUCGUAGUUUCUUCGAUGGAGAGAAGUAAUGGCGAUUACGUGAGAUUAGAGGAGAAUUCAGGACAAGGAGAAACACCUGCAGAAUCUGUUCCCAAUCAAUCAUGGAAACGAUUUGUGAUGUGGGCAUCAUUGUGCGUUUUGUUGAUGAUUUUGGUUCUACUCUUUAUCAUCUGGGUCGGACCAUUAUUCACCAAAAAGGUGAUUGUUCCUAUUAUAAAAUGGGAAGUGGAAACAUUUAGCCCUCCAAGUUUGGCAAUGGUGAUUUUUGCAUCAUUGGCCAUAUUCCCGGUUGUGCUUUUGCCAUCGACACCGUCUAUGUGGAUGGCUGGGAUGGUUUUUGGUUAUGGGAUUGGAUUUCCUUUGGUUAUGGCCGGAGUUACUGUGGGUAUAUCCUUACCGUAUUUUAUUGGGUCUCUGUUUCAGAGCAGAGCUAAUGAAUAUCUGAAGAAGUAUCCUAAGGAAGCUUCUAUAUUAAGAGUGGCUGCUGAAGGAAAUUGGAUUCAUCAAUUUCGAGCUGUUUCUUUGAUCAGAAUUUCUCCGUUUCCCUAUCCUAUUUUUAAUUACGCUGUUGUUGCCACGGAUAUUGUUUACAGUGCUUAUUUCUUGGGAUCAUUGGUGGGCGUAGUACCUGAUGUAUUAAUCGCUUUGUACAGUGGGAUUUUUAUCGGCUCCAUUGCAGAUGCAGCACAAGAUCCAGAAUCCCAUUCGACAUUGCAUCUAAUCUUCAAAGUUGUUGGAUUCUCCGUGGCUGUUGCUGCCACAGUUGUUAUUGGCCUUUACACUAAAAAGCGACUGGAUCAACUACAAGAAGGGGCCUAAUGAAGCAGUAUUUUUGUCAUUGUAAUUGGAUCGCCUUUAAUGCUGACACUGAAUUAGAUCUUCAUAGUUUAACCACAGGUUUUAGACGCAGGGCUCAUUAUUUCACUAAGUCUUUCAAUGGCAAUUUUGUUACUAGCAAUACUAUACAUAUCCAUUAUAAGUACAUAUUUGUAUUUAUCAUCAUGUAAUUGAAUAUUAUUUUAUCUUAAUUCAAAAUUAUUCAAUUAUAUAAUA